AGACUCGUCUGUUGCAUCACUCUCGGCAAAAUGCCGCACGCGAACCUCGAGUACCUGCCCAUCGUACUCGGCACGUUGCUUCCUGUCACAUUCAUCUGGACGUACAUCAUUGCAGUGUCGCUCAGGCACGUCGAGCCGGGAUUCCCGUACAUCAGUCACGCUGGAAGUGACAUCCCCGAGAGCUGCGUCUUCGGGCAGCUUCUCAACAUUUGCGCCGCUAUGAUGACGCUGUGCGUGUACAUCAGGCACAAGCAACUGCUGUCGCAAAACGCGCCUCACCGUCCGCCGUCUCGGCUGCUCAAGGCCGCCCUGUGGACGGGCUGGGUGUCCAGUUUGGGCGUCAGCAUCGUCGCCAACUUCCAACUCGACUCGCUCAUCAUCUUCCACGGCAUCGGCGCCGGACUCGCUUUUGGCGUCGGCAUUCCCUUCCUCUGGAUUCAGGUUGUCUGCACGUCGUACGACCCUCCGAGCAGCCUUUCGAAGGCGGUGCUGAAGACGCGGAUCGCUUUCGCCGCCACUGCUUCGAUUUGUUUUCUCCUGGUGCUGAUCGGCCUGGUCACCUCCUACGUUUUGCUUGGUCUCGGGAUUGAAAACGAGGUGCAGUUCGGAUUCUACCUGAUGAGCGCCAUCGCCGAGUGGAUCAUGGCCAUCGCCAUGUCGGCCUUCAUCGUCACCUUUGCCCGCGAGUUCCAGCACAUUUCCCUCUCCGCGCCCGAGGUGACCAACACGAAACACGAGCAGAGAUACGGCACUUUUCAAAAUUAAAAUUUUUAAAUACUGUUUUUUUUGCGGACCGUGGCGAUGUGAUUAUAAUAAUUAAAAUACUCACGAUAUUUUGUGUAAUUUUUAUU